GAGCUGUGUUUGUUGAUGCCGGGGCCAACAGAAGAAAGCUAGAAUAUUCCGGGCUCGUCGAGGCUCAUUGUGAUUAUCUCCACUCUGGCAAGCUCAGGAAUUCUCGUCGAAGUCCAUAUUGGUGCCUCUGACGAUGUCUUCCCCAUCAGUCGAUCUCAGUGCAUACCGUGAUCAGCAUUUCAAGGGCUCAAGAGCGGAACAAGAGAGACUUCUGCGAACGAGCACCACAUUGUACGUGGGAAAUCUGUCGUUUUACACAACGGAGGAACAGAUUUUCGAGCUGUUCGACAGGUGUGGGGAUGUGAAGCGCGUCAUUAUGGGACUCGACCGCUUUCAGAAAACCCCGUGCGGUUUCUGUUUCGUAGAGUACUACGAUCGCGCUGACGCCGAAAACGCGAUGUGUUGGGUUAACGGAACGAAACUCGACGAUCGUAUCAUAAGAACCGACUGGGACGCCGGUUUCAUUGAAGGCCGGCAAUACGGACGAGGAAAGUCGGGAGGACAAGUUCGGGACGAAUACAGGAACGAUUUCGAUAGUGGACGAGGGGGUUACGGAAAAUUACUGCAACAAAAGGUUGAAGCCAAUGUCUAACAAACCGAAGAUCAGGUGCCGAAUCAAGGCGACAUCUCGAGAAACUUGUAAAUAAAACUCCACAGCUGUGUAUGAGUGUAACAAUAAUGAUAAUAAACGUGGAGUUGACCGCAAAGAAACGGUCAGAUA